CGUGAUUAGGAAAACCUGUGGAGUUUCACUCAGAGAGGAGCAUUUGAGCUUGAAGGUGAGGAGGUUGGAGGUAGUGUCUGAUCUGGAGCUGAAUGGAGUAGGCCGUAGGCGUGUUGGUGUUUAUGUUGCACCAAAAACCACAAGGCCGGACUUUGCCCUGACUGUUUCUGGACAGCAUCUUGACACCGGUGUCCCUGGUCCGUACCUGUGAAUAGUCCAAACGGAUGAGCAGGUUUGAAACCAUUCCACGUUGACUGUUCUCUUCGAAUUUCAUAUAUUAAGUUUUAGUUUUAGACGCGAGAUCGUCGGUCGGUGCGAAUGAUGUCUGAAAGAUCACAGAGUCCGGAGUGCCAGAGUCGGCCAUAUGAUUUCAGCCGCUCCAACUUGUGCAGCCAGAAUCUGGCUCAGGAACUUUUGGGAAACGCCGCGUCGUUCCAGCUCCCACCCGGAGUUCUGCCAGACCCGAGCAUCCUCUAUAACAAAGCCGCAUACAGUGGCAUCACGCCGGGUUCCGCGCAGACCUUUUUCUCGUUUACUCCAAUGAGCACCGACUACCGGGGUUCGGACUUGCAGGCUGGAGACUUUGGACAACCCAAGCACUGGUUUCCCUUCGCGGCGCCCGAGUACACCGGCCAGGUACCCGGCGCCACCGCAGCGACCCAGCCCACCAACCUGAGCCCUCCAAUAGCCGAGACCCGGGAGCAGAUCAAACUACCCGAUAUAAAGACUGAAAAGGACACAGGAGACGAGUACUCUACGGAGAUAAAGGCCCAGCAGUAUCAGACCCCACCGACUUCGGCCGCAAUGCCGCCUGGAGUUUUUUACCCUUCGGCCUGGAACCCGUCCUUCUGGCCGGGUAUCGCUCACAUUACACCACCUGGAAACAGCAACCAAAAUCCAUCGACAUCUUCCGCGUCUUCGCCGUCGAUGUCACCAUCACCACCCAGCAACGGCCUACCGGCAAACGCGUUUUUCUCCAACCAGUCCCAGGCUGUGACCGGACCUCCGGCCCAGAACCUGCUGCCUUCCUCCACCAGGAGCAGCGGCUCUUCCAGUGGAGGCUGCAGCGACUCAGAAGAGGAGAACCUCUCUACUGAAGAACUGGAACAAUUUGCUAAAGAGCUCAAACACAAACGUAUAACCCUAGGUUUCACCCAAGCUGAUGUUGGUCAGGCCCUGGGAAACCUUUAUGGUAAGAUGUUUAGCCAGACGACCAUCUGCCGCUUUGAGGCUCUGCAACUAAGCUUCAAGAACAUGUGCAAGCUGAAACCUCUCCUUCAAAGAUGGCUGAAUGAAGCGGAGACCUCGGACAAUCCGCAGGAUAUGUACAAGAUUGAACGAGUGUUUGUGGACACAAGAAAGAGGAAGCGAAGGACCAGUCUGGAGGGGGCGGUACGCUCUGCCUUGGAGUCCUACUUUGUCAAGUGCCCCAAACCCAACACCCAGGAGAUCACUCAGAUUUCAGAUGACCUGGGUCUGGAGAGAGAUGUGGUACGCGUGUGGUUCUGCAAUCGAAGACAGAAAGGAAAGCGCCUGGCUCUGCCUCUGGACGAAGAAUGCGACGGUCAGUACUACGAGCAGAGUCCUUCCCCAUUGAGCAUGGCUCCAUCUCCUCUUCCCCCACAGGCUUACCCAACUCCCACCUACCCUGGACCCCCUCCACCUGCUCUCUACAUGCCCCAGCUUCAUCGACAAGACGGCCUGAAACAAGCCCUUCAUUCUGGACUUGUUGGCCACAUGACAGGCUAAACAUGUCCUGUUGGUAUUUGGGCAAAUCCAGACUCUGAUCCUAACUCUGUGGACCCUUAUUCCAGCAGAAGAUGGGCAUCCUUGUUGAUAGUUGGAUGGGUGGUGAUGGUGGGUGGAAGGGUCUACAUUUUACAAUCACCAGCAAAAAACCUGACGCCUGAAGUGUUUUUGACUCUACUGUGCCUUCGAGUUAUUCCACAGGUUUCUACAGUUCUAAAAGGUAAGAUUUGGCUCCAGACGUUUGUCCCGAAGUGGAAUAAUGAUGUAAAUAUGAACGUUUUAAUUUGACAAUGGGUUUUCUGUGGGUCAGAUCAUGGUGAUAAAGGGUAUCCGUGUGAGUGUUUCUGUUUUAAUGGCGUCUCCAACAUUUGACAGCUAUUCUGGUAUUGUAAUGGAGAACCUAAGGUCCUUUUGAGAGAAUUUUUGUCCACCAAUUUUGCACAAAGUUGCUUUUGUAACAUUGAAUAUUUCCCUAUAUAUCUGUGUUGGUAUUCCACACCCAAUCAUUUUGUCUUAAAGUUGUUCAUCAUGUUGACCAAAUUUGAAUAUGGAGCAAUAGCGACGGUGGGAAUAGGUGUUUGUGGAUCAGUGUUGUGGCUGCUAACUCUGCUCUUUGCACAAGGUCUAUUACUGUAACGGUCUCACGUGGCUAGAAGAAAGAAACGUCCAAGCAGACUUGAUUAUCAUCUGUUGUCAUGUGGAUCGCUCAUCAAUUUGAACCUGUAUUUUUAGUCUUUUGUUUUUGUUUUUGAAGAGGCAUGAAAUGUCUCUCAACCUCACAACCAAAGGGACCUUGACUUUUAAAUAUCAACUUUUUACAGUAAUUUAUUGAAGUGUUGGUUUUGCUGGUCUUGUCAAACACUAAAACAUAUUGUGUUGACUCAAGAGAAUGUUGUUUUUUAAUAUGAGAAUUUGUAUCUGCAACACAAUGAAUUUUCUUAUCAGUAAAUAUUUGCACAUUUCCCACCAAA